AGAACCUCGAAGGCUUAGUUCCGCCUAUAGUGACUGUAGUUCCGCCGUAGCUCAGCAUCGCGGCGGAGCACUUCGAACCUUGCGACCAUGUAUAUUACAUUGCUUGUAGUCUGCUUGCUUCGAAACGUUGUCGCAACCACCAUAAGUGACACCGGAUUCCAGUUCAAGCACCACGACAACGCAGAAGUAGUUACCCUUCUCAAGCAGAUCCAUGACAGAUGCCCAGAUGUUACUAAUGUAUACGAAUUAGGGCACCGUAGUGUUCUCGGUUUGCCCCUUGCUGUGAUAGAAGUGACGGACAGCCCUGGAAUACACGAGUUGCUGGAACCUGAGGUGAAGUACAUCGCCAACAUGCACGGCAACGAAGUGCUAGGCCGAGAAAUGAUGCUCGCCCUGGCCUGGUACCUCUGCGACCAGUACAGGGAAAAGAACCCGGAGAUAAUGAAGUUACUCAACAACACCAGAAUACACAUCAUGCCAUCCAUGAACCCCGACGGCUGGGACAUCGCCACCAGGGCCGCCGACAACAAUUGGAUGGCAGGAAGAGGAAAUGCGAAGGACGUCGACCUUAACAGGGAUUUCCCCAACUUAGAAAGACUAUUUCGGAACAAUUUAAGCACUAUGAAACCUGUCAGAGUGGAUCAUCUGUUCGACGGCAGACUGGAGCACCAAAUCCAACCGGAAACACGAGCUAUCAUCGAAUGGACGUUAAGUAACCCCUUCGUUCUGUCCGCAAACUUCCACGGGGGUGCUCUGGUUGCCAAUUAUCCCUUCGACGAUACCUUGGAUGGCUCGCAAAAGAAAUACACCGCAUCACCUGACGAUGACACUUUCAAGCACAUUGCCUACACUUAUGCCUCACAGCAUCCAAGAAUGCAACAAGGAGAAGCCUGCGGUGGUGAUGAUUUCAAGAAGGAUGGGGGCAUCACAAAUGGUGCAGCGUGGUAUGCUGUAUCAGGAGGCAUGCAAGAUUUCAACUACCUCGGUUCUAAUGACUUUGAGAUUACCGUUGAACUUGGUUGCCAGAAAUAUCCCCCAGCAUCUGUACUGCCAACAGAGUGGGAAGAUAACAAGAAUGCCUUGCUGAAUUACCUUUGGCAGGCUCAUAUUGGUGUCAAAGGCAUCGUGACAGAUGCUGUGACAGGAAAACCUGUGGGACGAGCACAAGUUCAAGUAUUCAACAUCACUAAUGGCGACAUUCAACGCAUCAACCAUGAUGUCACCACAAGUGAAAACGGUGAAUAUUGGAGACUCUUGGUACCCGGGAAAUACACGAUACAAGUAGAAAAGGAAGGAUACGAGCCUGAGAGGAGGACUGUGACUGUAAUAAACCAGCCACACCAACCUGCACAGAGGCUAGACUUUUACCUCAAGCCCUCAGUAGCAGCCGCUAUGAGGAUGCUACUGGAGAGAGAAGCCUUUGGCAAACGAAUUCCAAAUGUUGUUGAAUACUUAAGGAAGGGCGCCUGAAAGCACAUCAAUGAACAAGGACUUUAAAGGAGUCGCCAUGCUGCUGAAAAUCUAAAUUGUCCCCAACACCUCAACGAGAGCCUGCCUGGAAAAGUCAAGUUGUUUCUAUUUGCCACAGGACAUGCCUAUCCCACAAUGACACACUACUACUGAGAAGUUGAGUAUUGGUAUCUAUUAUCGAAUAGCAGGUGCAUUUACUGUAUUACAAUGAUAUAGCACAAGUUUCUCGCGACUGCUGCAACAUAUCCGCGCGUCACAGCACCCCACCCGUUGUGCAUUACUCUGUUAUAACCCCAUUCUAGUCGUGAAGUUUCCCCACGGGUCUUGUAACUGGGUGUUGUGUAGCUCUAGAAGGGCAGAUGUAUCCGCAGGAAUGUGUACACAUCACAGCAUGUAGAGGAGGGCGGUGAUAUGAGCGCGUCCAGCAUGCACGGUGCAAACAGUCAACAAAAGAGCAUGGCCAUCACAUGGUUUACAUUAUAGGGAGUGCCAUGAGGAAUGGUACACCAGCAUACCCAUGUUUGCGACUUUUCUUCCUCGCCAUAUCUGGCCCUCAGUGAGAGGAUGGAAGAGCACCAGAGCAUUGUGUGCAUGUGGCAUGCUGUGGCAGUUAGGAACGAGCUGAACUUUGUAUUAUCAGGACAGAUCAGCACUCGAUACCCAGUCAAUAAUGCAGCCAAUGCAUCUGCUACUCUAAACAUUACAGCAACGCUGCCUCCCUGCAGCACUCCGGGCCCACUUGUUCACUAUACCACAUUCUCAGCAUCGCACAGGUAAUCUUAGAGAAGAGUGCUGCUGGGGAUUAUUAUACAGUGAAAGGGACAACUACUUUCUGGCAGAGUACAGUAGUAUAUAAUGUUGCGUGAAAUUCUCACAAAAAAUAAAGACCUUUGUUGAUAUGCA